AUGUUGCUGACUGAAGAAAUGCUGUUUUUUUACUUGAUUUCUGAUACUGUGGAUGUGUUGGCUAUUGCUGAUAUUGGAACUCAAAUUAGCGAAAAUAAUAGGAUUAGUGCUUUAUUUGCCGUAUCUUUUGUAUCUGGUUAG